UUUAUAGGCGAGGAUAAUAUGAAUAAAAUUUUCGGCAAAGAAGAAGAACAUAAACACAUAUUUGUACCUUUUGUUAAAAGCUGUACAGAUUGGUUCAUUAAUAAAGACGAAAAAGAUAAACUUUUUCUAUCGUCGACGAGAAGUUUAUUGGUGUAUCAUAUUUUAGUAAAUAUAAAUGUGGGAAAAAUUCUGAAUGAUUCAAAGUCGGAACAUGCAGAAAAGAAAGGCGAGUUUUGAAUUUAUUAUAAAAUUGAAUUGGUUGUUUUAAAAAACGAAUAUUCCCAUACAGGUUUAUUAAAUAUGUUGUUAAAUAAAGUUUACACGGAUAGUUUUAUUCUUCACGAUCGAUCUUCUCGAGAAUCAGUUGCGAUUCCAGUAGAAAGUGAAUGUUCUGUCAUAGAUGUGAGUGAAAAUAAUGGUAAUUCUCAACUAUGGGCUUCUUCGACUAAUGAAGAUACUAGAAUGGUUUUGGAUCAUCAAUGGGGCAAAAUUUUUAAACAUCAACCUCUUUCAUUAAUACGAGAUUAUUUUGGAGAAAAAAUUGCAUUUUAUUUUGCUUGGGUCGGUACUUACGUAUCGUCUUUAAUUGUACCUACUAUUUUAGGUAUUGCUGUAUUUCUGUACGGAGUUGUUACAAGAGUAAUCGCUGAUAAAGACUUAUUUUAUAAAAAUGGAACUUUAAUUGAUGAUGGAGAGUUUUACUCUUUGUAUGGUCUUCAUAUCAUCAAAUCAGCUAGUGAUAACGGCUUUACUGGGCUAUUUGCAUUUAUGAUGUGCAUCUGGGGUAAGUUAGUAAUUAGAAGUCUCGAACAAUGAAAUU